AUUCCGCUGCUUUCUCGUGUAAUCCUCCUCCAUUCCGUUGCAUCGAAUUGAUAAGCUAAGAUUCCUUUAAUAUCCCUUUCACGGAGUAGAUAGUGAUGGAGACGUACCCUAAGGAUGUCCGCAGCCAAAAUUGAGAACUAGAUGUCCUCCCAGCUUCUUUCAGCCAUUCAAGAGAACGAAACGGAACUCCGUUUCUACUGGCCACGUGCGUGCUGGCAUGGUCAUGUUUAAAAGUCAAUCACAUAUGAAAUUAUAUCUCUUAAUAACAAACGAAAGAAUACUCAAUUAUGGGUUCAUAUCAAAUACACAACAUCAGGUUUUAUAAUCCUGAACCGAAAUCCGUCACUUGCAUGUCUCAUGAGCCAAAGACAAAGAAAUUGGCUCUUGCGAGGAACGAUAAUUCUAUAGAAGUAUGGAAUGUUAUGAAUGCGCCGUUCGUCGAGUGCACUAUAGCCGGUUCUAAAGAAAACUUCGUGGAAAGCAUACUCUGGAUCGGCUCCAGGCUAUUCUCAAGCAGCCUGCAUGGCGCAGUGGUGGAGUACAACUUAUCGACCCUGAGGAUCAAAUGCAAGGUUAUGGUUAUAGGAGGCACAGCCUGGUGCAUGGAUGUGAAUCAUGAGAAGAGCCGUUUGGCUGUCGGCACGGAGGAAGGAUACAUCAAUAUCUUCACAGUAGACGACGAGAAACUGAUUUACGAGAGGAUAUUCGACAAGCAAAAGGGCAGGAUUCUGUGCAUCAAGUGGGACAAUACAGGUGAAAUGAUUUACACAGGCUCCGUGGAUACCAUCAGGGUGUGGAGCGCUGUGUCUGGUCAUGCGAUACACAAAAUGACGACUUUCAGGAAUAAGAUUAAGAGAGAGACGAUAGUCUGGUGUCUGGCGGUCACCGAUGAAAACGUCAUCGUUUCCGGCGACUCGCAGGGUUUCCUGUGCUUCUGGGAUCCCAACCUAGGAGUGAUGAUCGAGUCCCACGAGAGUCACACGGCUGAUAUACUGGCCAUCGCACUGUCUCAGGACAAGUCGGUUGUGUAUUGCACAGGCGUGGACCCAGUUGUUAGGACCUUCUGCAAAGUCUCGCUGAAAUCCAGCGGGAAGUUUCAGUGGGUGAGAGGGAUCGAGAGGAGGCUGCACGUCCACGACGUCCGGGCGCUCGUGGAGAGCAACGGCAAGCUCUACUCGGCCGGAGUGGACGGAUACUUGGCUGUUUCCAGUUAUCCGCCGAAGAAUCUCGUCAAGUAUCCUCCUUUGCUGCAAGUGACUUGCGCCGCGACCUGCCGGAAGAGCAGGUGUAUCUUGCUGCGGUAUUCGAACUAUCUAGAACUCUGGAGGUUGGGUUCAGUUGCUAAGGACCAAUCGAACGUUGACGGCCAGUCUGUGGAAUAUGAAUUGGACGAAGAGCCUAUCAAGUUGCUGCGAUUAGACAUGCAGGAGGACGAGAGCAUAAUCUCUUACGCCAUCAACAAGGACUCCAAGACGAUCGUGUACUCGACGGACACUCACGUGAAGGUCUUCAACUUCGACGUGAUUCAGGGGGACGCGCAACUGACCGCCAACGACACCGACUUGCCCAUGCAACGGGUACAAAAGAUGCUGUUCAGUCCGAACGGCAAACUGCUCGUGACGAUCAACAACAACGGCAGCGAGAACACCGUGACGUUGUUCCGCGUGGAGAAGAAGAGCCUGAGACAAUUGGGCUCCUUCCAGACGACGAGGGAGUCCAUUUCGAAUGUCGGCCUGGUCUGCUUCUCGCCGGACAGCAAGUACCUCGUGUGCGCGGACCGGCAGUGCAGAAUAGCCAUUUACUUCAUCGGCGAUGGCGUCGCGCCCGAGUCGCUCAAGGCGUGGCAAUUACCGAAGUACAGUUGCCCACCGACGGCGAUGGCGGUGCGGAAGGAGACGCUUAAUCUGGUCAUAGUGUAUUCCGAUCACAAGAUCGUCGAAUACAAUAUACCGCGCAGGCAGUACACCGAGUUCUCCAACAACUUGCAAAGCCGCCUACCGAAACAGUGGUUGGCGCGUCAAUACCCGAUUAUGAACAUCAUAUUUGAUCCGCACAAUGAGAACAUCAUCAUAAUGCAGGACGACUCAGGCAUGUACGUUAUCAAUAAGAACAGCGAGUCGCCUCCGGAGAAGGAGAGGAAGAAGAUCCUGAGGCGCGAAAACGGCGAGUGUACGGAGGACAGCAAUUCAAUGUCAAUGUCAAGCUGGCAAGUUCAACACGCAUUCCGGGUCAUCAAGAAGUACAAGCAUCUCGUCUACUUAAAUUGGCUAAACGACGAGGAAUUGGUCUCGGUGGAGGUGAACCCAAUCUCGUUGGCCGAGAAAUUACCACCCACGCUGAAGCAGAAAUUCUUCGGCAUAUAAACAUUGUACACGUAAUAUACAGUACAGUUACACGUACAGUAUACGGUACAGUAAUAUGCAGUUUUAAUAUUCGAUUUAAUAAAAUCUCUUUUAUAUGUACAUAUCUUACAUAUACAUAUAUCUUAUAAAAGUCUUAGAUGUCUUA